AGCAUCUGAUCAGACAAGAGCGAACAGCGUGGAUUCGUUCUUCAGACGGUUCUCUCCCUCACACUCGUCUUCACGGAUGGUAGGAGACGGAGGUCACGUGACCACCGAAUCGCAGACGGUGCAGCGCGAGACGGGCAGACGGGCAGCAGCUGUCGCUCCGCUCUGAUCUCCUCCUGACCCGGUCAUACUGAAAAUUUGGCAAAAAUGGCUCUUAUCUCUAUUGAUGAUCUUGCUGACCUGGAUGAUGAGCAGUUAGAUGAUGAAGUUACUGAUAACUCCCAACCCGCAGAUGAAGAGGAGGAGGAAAGGCUGCUUGCUCACUGGCAGGCUGUGGGGCGUACACAUCAGGUCACCGUCCCAAGAGAGAUGGCUGGACCAAUUGUGGAGAUGACGAGGAGGAAUCAGGAAGUGGAACAGAUUCCUUUCGUCACCCUAUCAACACAUGAAAAGCUGGGUGAGGUGAUGUAUGAGGAGAGGGUGUAUCCACCAGGUAAAUGGGCUUGUAUCACUGUUGGAGAAAAGCUGUAUGAGCAGAGCAUCUCUAUGGGCUUCAUGAAACUCAUGGGCUUCAUCUGUAAAGAGAACUCAGCAGGUCGUUACUUGGGCAUGACCGUGCCUGUGGUGAAUGAAAUACGGAUGCUGGAGGACGGCAGGAGUUUCAAAAGUGAAGUCCUGACAGCUUUCUACUUGCCUGCGGAGUUUCAGGCAAACCCUCCACAGUCUACUGAUCCAGAUAUCACCAUCAUCCACAGGGACUCAGUGCGAGUAAUCACCCGGGUUUUCUUUGGCACCACCACAGAGGAGACAAUCUCACGACAGAUCAGCCUGCUUUGGGAGCUGCUGGGAACAUCUGAUGACAUUCACCAAGACCAAUACAUGGUGGCUGUUUACGAGAACCCUGGGGUGCCGUCCCGUCGAAAUGAGAUUUGGUUCAUCUGCCAUAACCCCUAAAGGGUUACACACACACACACACACACACACACACAAAGCCAUUGUUAUAGCCCCUCACUUGUGGCACCAGAGAGAAAGACCAGGGAAGUGGGAUGAAUAAGAGAGGACAGGGCUUAAGCAUUACCCACAGUAUGAACUCAGGCAACUGAGGAUUUUAGUGAAUAUUUACAGGUCUUUUAAUAAAAAUGUAUUUUUGAAUAUGAUAAAAGGUUAUUUAAUGCUAGUAAUACAUAAUAAUUACAUACAGUACUGUGCAAAAGUCUCAGGCACCCUAUUUUUUUUCAUACAAUCUUUGUUAUAGAGUUCUAUUUUAUGACUUAUACAUUAUCGAGUGGGGCGGCACGGUGGCGUAGUGGUUAGCGCUGUCGCCUCACAGCAAGAAGGUCCUGGGUUCGAGCCCCGUGGCCGAUGAGGGCCUUUCUGUGCGGGGUUUGCAUGUUCUCCCCGUGUCCGCGUGGGUUUCCUCCGGGUGCUCCGGUUUCCCCCACAGUCCAAAGACAUGCAGGUUAGGUUAACUGGUGAC